UUUUCUGAUUUUAGUUAUUUUUUAAAUUUGUUUUAUUAUCUGUUUGGUUGCUGAGAAAAUUUUGAAAGAAAUUUAAGAAUUCCUCACAUUAAGCCAUGGGAACGGAGACUUAGGCUAAGUAGACUGUUUGUCUUGGUCAAAUGACUCAAAUCGAUUGUUAAUUUCUGUUAUUUUAUUUGUUGGAAACACAAACGGUUAAAAUUUAAUUAAUUGUAAUUUAUUUUCUUUAUUCAUGAUUGGUUUUGUUUGACAUUAGGUUAAUAUUCGUUCUUCGGCUCACAAUGCUGCUACAUCAACUAUGAUCUUAGCUGUUUAAAGUGGUAUUUGCAGUGACGCUACAGAAGCCCUAAACCCUUUGGGGAUAAUUUUGGAAAAACCAAAGAUGGAUGAUAAAGUAACAAAAUCCUAGGUUAGGGUUAGGGUUUAUAACCCUAUUACUCAAGGGUUUAGUUCUUGGGUGCAGAUUUGGAGUUUUAAUUGUUUUUCAAUUUGGGGGUUUUAGGUUUGCAUGGUAGUAGUUUGUAAAUUUUAGUAAUUGUUAAUGGCUUAUAGGGUGUAGGAGUUGUACAUAGAAGUUUUUAGUUGAUAUAAGGUACGCGGGGUUCUAGAUCUACAAGAUAAAAAUGUCUAUUGCCAGUGUAGCUCUUAGUCCGGCUCUUGAAAAGUCUUUGAGCUUUCCGGGAUAUUUCACUCAUCGACAUGGUUGGCCUGCGGAUGACUCGAUCUUGAUUUUUCUAAGUGUUGGGGGUUCUAUGAUCCCGAUGCUUGUUAUGGAAUCAGAUUCAAUUGCUUCUGUGAAGUUGAGGAUUCAGAGUUUCAAAGGGCUUUUUGUGAAGAAGCAGAAGCUGGUGUACAGAGGGAGGGAACUGGCCAGGACCAAUUCUCUUGUCAAAGACUAUGGGCUUGCUGAUGGGAAUGUUUUGCAUUUGGUGCUUAGACUUUCAGAUCUCCAGGCCAUCACUGUGAUGACUGUAUGUGGAAAGGUAUUUGAAUUUCAUGUUGAAAGGAGUAGAAAUGUAGGUUAUGUGAAGCAGCAAAUUGCUAAAAAGGGAAAAGGGCUCAUUGAUCUCAAGGAUCAAGAACUGAUAUGCGAUGGUGAGGAGCUUGAAGAUAAGAGACUCAUAACUGACUUUUGUAAAAACAAUGAUUCUGUUAUUCACUUUCUGGUUCGAAAGUCUGCUAAAGUAAGAGCUAAGCCUAUUGAGAAAGAUUUUGAAGUCUCUAUUGAUGCUAAUAAUUUGAAUGAGAAGUUGGCUGAUGUUGUAGGAGAAUACCAGUUGGAAGCACUAUUUACGGGAUGUGAGGUCACAGAUAGGAAACUGUUGCAGAGAGAUUUCCUUUUGGAACCUUUAGUUGUUGAUUCCAAUAUUGACUUGCCAGUAGAAAUUAAAAAGCUAAUUGAAUCUACUUUUGAUGGGUUGGACAGAGGUUAUGAACCUGUCCGCUCCUCUGAGGGAUCAGGAGGAGCUUAUUUCAUGCAAGAUUCAUCAGGUCAGAAGUAUAUUUCUGUUUUUAAACCAAUUGAUGAGGAGCCAAUGGCUGUGAAUAAUCCUCGAGGCUUACCCUUGUCAGAAGAUGGUGAAGGAUUGAAGAAAGGCACAAGAGUUGGAGAAGGAGCAUUGAGGGAAGUUGCAGCAUACAUAUUGGAUUACCCAAAGGGUGCAUUGCACUCUUCUAGUUACAAGGAGAGAGGCUUUGCUGGGGUUCCUCCUACAGUUAUGGUUAAGUGCUUGCAUAAGGGAUUCAAUCAUCCAGAUGAUUAUGAAAAUUCUGCCAAGAAUGUGAAGAUUGGAUCACUGCAAAUGUUCAUGAAGAAUAUAGGAAGCUGUGAGGAUAUGGGACCUCGUGCUUUCCCAGUGGAUGAGGUACACAAGAUCUCUGUGCUGGACAUAAGGUUGGCAAAUGCAGAUAGGCAUGCUGGGAAUAUAUUGGUUAGCAAAGAUGAAGAAGGUCAGAUUAGGCUUAUUCCAAUUGAUCAUGGCUACUGCUUGCCUGAGAAGUUUGAAGAUUGUACAUUUGACUGGCUCUACUGGCCACAAGCUCACCAACCUUACUCCCAUGACACCAUUGACUACAUAAACUCACUGGAUGCUGAAUGGGAUAUUGAACUUCUGAAGUUUCACGGCUGGGACAUAUCACCAGAGUGUGCCCAGAUCCUUCGAAUCUCCACCAUGCUUCUGAAGAAAGGUACAAAGAGAGGAUUCACUCCCUUCACCAUCGGAAGCAUCAUGUGCAGGAAAACACUGAAGGACAAGUCUGUGAUUGAGCAGAUUGUUCAUGAAGCACAGGAAGCUGUGCUCCCAGGAUCAAGUGACGAAGUGUUUCUUGAAUCUGUUGAAGUCAUCAUGGAUUGUUACCUUGAUGAGCUGGCCCUGUGAGACCUCAGGAUGACUAUCUAGGUAUAUAGCAUUCAACUGUCUAUUUGUCUUUUCGUUGUUGUCUGCAAGUUUAUUUGAUAUGCUGUUUGUUGCUCUUUCACUUGCUUUGUCUUUUGACAAAGUCAGGCCAUUGUGCACCUAUCUCUCCUUUCAUCUCUCUAAAAGAAUCUGUUACUUGGAAUUGAUAGUUACCUAUUUUAAGUGCUGACUUGAAAAUGUUGUACCGUGCA